CACGGACUGCUUUACAAAAGAAAGAUGCAGAAGAAAGGGCAGAAAAGGCGCUGUCCUUUUCGAAACUUACAGAGGUAUACGGGUCACUGUGUUGACCUGAUGUUAAAAGAUGAUGCUCUGUAUAUCUCCAUCCGUUAGUAUCAAGUACGAUUGAUCGUCAAGUCGCCCAUGAUCAAUGGAGAUUGUGCGAUGCCGAAGAAUCGAGACACACUAGUCAAAAGUCGAAGAAGAUGCAUUGGGUGGAGAAACCCUUCGUGCCACCAGUGGGAAGCUUUGCUGGGAGUUUUCCACCUCCUCCACUCCGUACAGAACCAGAACCCAUCGACUAUAUCAAUUCGAUGUUUGGUGAACAAUCGAUGAAACUUCUGACAGAUCAGUCCAAUCUGUAUUCGGUUCAGUAGAAUCCGAAUAAGCCUGCUAGUAUUUUAGAAACUGAAAUGCACAGAUUCAUUGGUACUCUGAUCGUGACAGGGAUAUAUUCCUUCCCGGUGCAACGGUUUUUCUGGACGAGCGCCACUCGGGUGGAAUCCAUCGCAUCAGUGAUCAGCCGCGAUCGCGUUAUGCAGAUCAAAAAGANACGUUGUCGAUAAUACGACCCAACUGAACUGAUGAAAUGUCACUUAGAUUGGUUGAAUGCAUUAAUAUAGUUUGAAUUUCAAUAAAAUUUUCAAUUCAAUUCGAAUUUAAGAGCAGAUGAUAGAAGUAAAAUUGAUACAUUAGGUGGUUAUUGUUAUUUGGUACUAAAACAUUUAAUGAAUCCAAAACGUUCCUUUCAAAAACUAAUUCUUUAUCGCGGUGGUACAUUAGCAAAUGAAAUGAUUGAAGAAUAUAAACAGACCAUUGGAAAGGGUGCAAUCAAUUGGUUAGGAUUUACAUCAACAUCGAGAGAUCCUCAUGUAGCUGAAUCGUUUCAUGGUAAUACAUUAUCUAUUAUUGAAAUUCAAACUAUAUUCAUGCAUUCAGCCAAUCUAAGUGACAUUUCAUCAGUUUCACAUCAUCUUGAUGAACAAGAAGUACUCUUACAGGCUGGACAUUAUUUUGAAGUUGAAAAAGUUUCUUCAAUAACUGGAAAAUAUGUAAUUUAUCUUGUAUUUUAA